AUGAGGCCCCCGGCGGCGCUGUGCCUUGUGCUGUGCGCGGCCCUGCUGCACGCCGCCGCGGCGUUCACCCGCCAGGACCAACUCGACAAGCUGAUUUUCUUCCGCGACACGAUGCGCGAGCGCAGCGCCCACUGGCGGAGCGCCACCGGCAACUGGGAGUGCCCCACGGGCAGCGACGGCAGCUGCGACCCGUGCGGCGACGGCACCAUCUUCGGCAACUGGCACCACAUGUUCUGCAGGGGGUUGACCCCGGGCAAGGACGGCGACGGGACCAUCGACGGCUGGGUUACGAACAUCCACUUGAGCGACUUGAGGAUAGACGGGCCCGUGCCCAGGGAGCUGUGCCUCUUCACGGAGCUGAGGGAGCUUGACCUGGACGGCGGGCGCCUCAGCGGGCCCCUGCCGGAGUUCCUGUCCACGUGCUUCCCCAGGCUGGCUGAAUUCGACCUGAGCUACAACAGACUGAGCGGAACCGUCCCCACGUUCUUCAAGAACAUUGAGAACCUGCAGGAGGUGGAGCUCCGCAGAAACAGGCUACUGGGUACCGUCCCCGAGGAGUUUGGUGAAAUGCGUGCACUACGCGAACUGGAAUUGGAUGGCAACAAACUGACGGGGAGAAUACCUCAGUCCUUCAGGAAAUUGAACCAGACAAUGACCAGCAUUCUCGUCAACGACAACGACCUCGAGGGCGACCUGUCUGGUCUUUCUAGCACGCCUCUCAUGAAAGUGGGCAUCCACAACAAUCCUAAGCUGUGCGGGAUGGUGCCUGCCAGCGUGCGUUACGCCCAUGGCUACAACCCAGUGGGCACGCGUCUGGGUCAGCCGUGCUGA